GAUUGCUCCCCUGGCCCUAGGGAGCCCGAGCGCGCCCCGACGGGCCCGUGCCCUCCCCGGGCGGGCCAUGGCCCUGGCGGCACCUCCGCAGCCUUAGGCGCGGCCGCACCCCGGGGGGCAGGAUGGCCGGGGCCGCGGGCCCGGGUGAGGGCCAGACUGGGGGCCCGGACGGCCUGGGGGCCUUGAGCCAGAGGCUCCGGGUCCAGGAGGAGGAGAUGGAGCUGGUGAAGGCUGCCCUGGCUGAAGUCCUGCGGAGACUCAGGAUGAGGGAGGGGAGCCCGCUGGCCCCAGGCUCCCUGCAGGCUGCCAGGGAGUCCGCCGCCGCUACCGCAGCCGCCUCCGCCUCCGCCUCGAUGAGCGCCAGCAGCCCCGCGGCCCCCCCUGGACUGCCACCCCCCACCAGCCCCUCCUUGGUGAGCAGGGGCACCCAGACAGAUGCGGAGCCUGAGGCCAGGCCGACUUGUGGCCCCUUCAGCCUGAGCAAUGGGCCCCCAGCCCGGGCUGGGGGCUGCGAGGAGGAGCCGGGGGGUGCUCAGUCAGAAGGCGGGGGCAGCAGCAGCGGGGGCACCAGCUCUCCCGGCCCUCCCGGGGCGCUCCGGCCCUUCCAGCUCCCUCAGAGGGGAGACACGCCUCGGCGGAAUUCCUCCUCUUCCUCCUCCCCCUCGGAGCGGCCCCGACAGAAGCUCUCCAGGAAAGCGGUGUCCUCGGCCAACCUGCUGCUCCGCUCCGAAAGCCGAGGUGGGAAGGAUCCUGUCUCCAGCCCUGGAGGACCUGGUUCUCGGAGGAGCAAUUAUAAUCUGGAGGGCAUCUCGGUGAAGAUGUUCCUUCGGGGUCGACCCAUCACCAUGUACAUCCCGUCGGGCGUCCGCAGUCCCGAGGAGCUGCCCAGUGGCCCACCCCCUGAGAACCUCAGCCUUGACUGGGUCUAUGGGUACAGGGGCCGGGACUCGCGCUCCAACUUGUUUGUCCUGCGCUCUGGGGAAGUCGUUUAUUUUAUCGCCUGUGUGGUGGUGCUGUACCGGCCCGGAGGAGGCCCGGGAGGCCCUGGGGGGGGAGGCCAGAGACACUACCUGGGGCACACCGACUGUGUGCGCUGUCUUGCCGUCCAUCCUGAUGGUGUCCGAGUAGCUUCUGGACAGACAGCCGGGGUCGACAAAGAUGGGAAGCCACUUCAGCCGGUGGUUCACAUCUGGGAUUCAGAGAAGCUGCAGAAGCUCCAGGAGAUCGGCCUCGGGGUGUUUGAGCGAGGGGUCGGGGCCCUCGCCUUCUCUGUCUCGGAUCAGGGCAGCUUCCUUUGUGUGGUGGAUGACUCUAACGAGCACAUGUUGUCCGUGUGGGACUGGAGCCGAGGGACCAAGCUGGUGGAAAUCAAGAGCACCAACGACUCUGUCCUGGCCGUGGGCUUCAACCCCCAGGACAGCACUUGUAUCGUGACCAGUGGAAAGUCUCACGUGCACUUCUGGAACUGGUCUCCUGGAGGAGGGGCUCUGGGGAACGGGGGCCUGGCGAGGAAACAGGGCGUCUUUGGGAAAUACAAGAAGCCCAAAUUUGUCCCCUGCUUUGUCUUCCUCCCCGAUGGAGACAUCCUCACUGGGGACUCAGAAGGGACCAUCCUCACCUGGGGGCGGAGCCUGCCUGACGCCCGGACCCCAGGCAGGGGUGGGGCUAAAGAGACGUUUGGGAUUGUGGCUCAGACCCGAGCCCACGAGGGCUCCAUCUUCGCUUUGUGUCUCCUGAGGGAUGGGACGGUGCUGAGCGGGGGUGGGCGGGACCGGCGGCUGGUCCAGUGGGGGCAGGGGCUCACGGCUCUCCAGGAGGCCGAGAUCCCAGAACAGUUUGGAGCUGUCCGCGCCAUCGCCGAAGGGCUCGGCUCAGAGCUGCUCGUGGGCACCACCAAGAAUGCGUUGCUGAGGGGGGACCUGACUCAGGGCUUUUCCCCCGUUAUCCAGGGCCACACGGACGAGCUCUGGGGCCUCUGCACUCACCCCUCCCUGAACCGCUUCCUCACCUGCGGCCACGAUCGGCAGCUCUGCCUGUGGGAUGGCGAGUGCCACGCCCUGGCUUGGAGCCUGGACCUCAAGGAGACGGGCCUCUGUGCGGACUUCCACCCCGGUGGGAAGGUCGUGGCUGUGGGACUGAACACUGGGAGGUGGCUGGUCCUGGACACAGAGACCCGGGAGAUCGUGUCGGAUUUCACGGAUGGUAAUGAGCAGCUCUCAGUUGUCAGGUAUAGUCCAGAUGGGAUGUACCUGGCCAUAGGUUCCCACGACAACACCAUCUACAUCUACGGAGUGUCCAGUGAUGGGGCCAAGUGCAGCCGGUUUGGCCGAUGCCUGGGGCACUCCAGCUUCAUCACCCACCUAGACUGGUCCAAGGAUGGGAACUUCAUCAUGUCCAAUUCUGGGGACUACGAGAUCCUCUACUGGGACGUGGCAGGGGGUUGCAAGCUGCUGAGAAAUCGGUAUGAGAGCCGAGACCGAGAGUGGGCGACCUACACCUGUGUCUUGGGUUUCCACGUGUAUGGCGUGUGGCCGGAUGGAUCGGACGGAACGGACAUCAACUCUCUGUGCCGCUCCCACAAUGAGCGAGUGGUGGCCGUGGCCGAUGACUUCUGCAAAGUGCACCUGUUUCUGUACCCCUGUGCCAAGGCCAAGUCGCCCAGCCGAAAGUACGGAGGCCACGGCAGCCACGUCACCAGUGUCCGGUUCACUCAUGACGAUUCUCACCUCAUCUCGUUGGGAGGAAAGGAUUCGAGCAUUUUCCAGUGGCGCAUGCUGGGUGGCGGGGGCCCUGGCCCGCCCCCCCCCACGCCCUCCCGGACCCCUUCUCUGUCCCCUGCCUCAUCCCUGGAUGCUUGAUCUCACUAGGACUAGAUGGAGCGGGUGGGCUUAGAGAGUGCUUCUCCCCUCCCCCACGCCACCCGUCCGCCUCUUCCAACUUGGUUACAUUCCGUGCCUUCUCCCCGCGGGGAACACUGUACAGAGCCGCAGGCUGAGCCGAGCAGCGCGCCCCCCUCGCCUUCCCCCGACCCCGCCACAGUCAGUGCAGGGGCAAUAAAUGAACCAUGCAAAGUC